CCUGGCUGGCCCCUUCUUGAUUGUGACGACCCACGGGAGACGAGAGAGAUACUACUACAGACUUGCGCGCGUAUCUUUCUUUCUAUCCUAGCGAUCGACAAGAAGCUUUCGAGAUGUCGAGCGUCGCAGGAGGCGUGUUUGGGAGGACGGCCGUGUUUUCGGCGGCCGGCGGCGGCGCACCUCUUCACGUUCUCGCGGUGGACGAUAGCUCCGUCGACCGCGCCGUCAUCUCCGGCAUCCUUCGCAGCUCUCGGUUCCGUGUGACGGCCGUGGAUAGCGGGAAGAGGGCCCUGGAGCUGCUAGGAUCGGAGCCCAAUGUGAGCAUGAUAAUUACGGAUUACUGGAUGCCGGAGAUGACGGGAUACGAGCUCCUAAAGAAGGUCAAGGAGUCAUCCACGCUGAAGCAGAUCCCCGUGGUGAUCAUGUCCUCGGAGAACGUGCCGACAAGGAUCAGCAGAUGCUUGGAGGAAGGCGCAGAGGAUUUCCUGAUGAAGCCCGUCCGGCCGUCCGACGUGUCGCGGGUGUUCAACCGGGUGCUCCCAUGA